GCUGCCCAGCCCUCACCCCGCGUAUGCAAGCAGGACAGACAUCAUCGCUCCCAUUUUACAGAUGAGGAAAUCUGAGAUUUGGAGGAAGAGCCAGCAAAGUCACUCAGCUCCAAGGCCUCUUCCUCCUGGAAACCUUCCCCACCACCGGGCACCUGGAGAGGGGCCUCUUUGGUCCUCCCACAGACCCUGAACUGAGGCCCAGUGAGGCGCUGGUGGCACAUAGCCUACCUUGUGGGACCCCCUUCCGUAAACUGGGGUCGACUUACCCUGGGCCCGAGCCCGCUGGAUCCCUGAGUGCCCGCUGCCCCCGCAGAUAGGGCCCCCCGGCGGCUGCAUUCGGGGGAUAAGCCAGGCUAUUUUCAUCACUUCCUUCCUCCCACUCAAGCAGCGCCCACCAUCUGCUGCCUCACAUCCAGCUGCCAACUCAGCCUCCACCAGGACAGUUCAAGCCACAGAAGAGGGUGCCGACUGCAGGCCUCACAAGGAACCUCUUCUGUUCUCCUUCCCUGUCUGCGCCUCAGCAUCCAGUUUUCGGCAUUGGCUUUCACCUAAGAGUUCACUCGGCCUCGGGGCGAGCUGUUUGGCAUGGUUGGGAGGAGGUGUGGUCUGUGAAAUCCACACUGGCUGCCUGACCCCAGGCUUAGAGCCACGCUCACCAUCCUGCCUUCUGAGUGUCCAGUGAGGCUCAGCGAGGCCUGGGUGGGACUCAUUACACUUGCUUCUGUCUUCACCACCCCAUUUCAACACAGGAGAAAGUUGAGGCCUGAGAACGGAGCCAGCCUGCCAAUGCCUACCUGGGGGGCCCUGUUGCUGCUCUGGGCUGCCGCAGAGGCCACCAAGGACUGCCCGGCGGAGUGCACCUGCCAGGCCCUGGAAACCAUGGGGCUGUCGGUGGACUGCAGGGGGCGGGGGCUCACGGCCCUGCCCACCCUGCCCACCCAGACCCGCCACCUCCUGCUGGCCAAUAACAGCCUUAGCUCCGUGCCUCCGGGUGCCUUCGACCACCUGCCCCAGCUACAGGUCCUCGACGUGACGCAGAACCCCUGGCACUGCGACUGCAGUCUCACCUACCUGCGUCUCUGGCUGGAGGACCGCACGCCCGAGGCCCUGCUGCACGUCCGCUGCACCAGCCCCAAGCUCGCCACGGCCCACCCCUUGGGCCAGCUCACGGGCUAUGAGCUGGGCAGCUGCGGCUGGCACCUGCAGGCAUCCUGGGCCUACCCGGGCUUCUGGUGGGACGUGGCGCUGGUGGUCGUGGCCACGCUGGGCCUGGCUCUCCUGGCUGGCCUGCUGUGCACCGCCACAGAGACCCUGGACUGAGCCCAGGCCCCCAGGGUCACUCCCCCCAGCCUGAGCCCCCAGUAACCCAAAAUAAACUGCUCGACCGUUGUA